CUCUGCUUCACACCGCGAUUAUUUCUUACCAUGUGAAACAUUAUUGGGUCUAACGGUGCUGCUGUUGUUAGUAUGAAGAAUAAAACGAAGCCAAAGUUUUGGAAAAGACUCAAAUCUCAAACCACGUCAACUCAUCGGUCUCCUCUGUGUGGGCACAAAGACACCGAGAAAGAGCCCGAGUAUCAGGCUUUCUUUCAAAAUGGACUCAGACGUUUGCCCCGCUGAUCCGUCGGCGUCUGCACCCCCCCUGUGUUCUGCCCCUGUCCCUGUUAAUGGAGCCUCUGUGGUCGAGGUCCCCACGCAGACUGCGGCCGCUCCAGGUUCAGAGGUGGAGGAACCGGAGUCCUACAACCUCAUCGAGCCUCCUCCGUUAGACUGGAGGUCCGACUCCUCUAGUGAGGUGGGCUCGGCAGACGACCUGGAUGACCCCAGCUUUACCCGCUCUGUUGAAGAUCUGGACAAACCCAGUCCGGGUGAACCAGUGUUACUACCUUCGAGUGACACUGUGACUUCACUCGACGUGAACGAGCAGGAGCUUGUGGGAAACAUUGCAGAAGCGCUCCAGAAAACUAGCGGGGCUCUUGAGGGAGAAGAUGAAGCAGCUGAGGAAGAGGAAGUGGGGAGAGCUGAGGACUCGGAGGGUGCUGGGAAAUACCAGGAAGAGGUGCUCCGUGAUGUGGAGAGCAGGGUCAGCGAAGAGGAGGUUGAGGUCGCUAACAACAGGCCAGGCGAUGAAGACCACAGCCGCAUCCACAGCCUGCUCAGCCAGCUCCAGCUGAUGGGCGAAGAGCCUCACCCCAGCCGACAAACGGCCCCUCACCUCACCCAGCAUCAGUGCCACAGCCGGUGUGAGCUGGAGGCGUGCGCUCCCUCCUCCCUAAUAACGGACGACUGCACCGAAACCUCGGGGCUGCUGUUCUCGGAGAGCCACCAGAGAGACCUGCUGGGGAUGCUGCAGUUCACAGAGAUCAACGCCACCUCCGACCCCGCCUGUCUGCCCCACCGAGGAGAGGUGGACGCCGUGGUGUCCGUUUCCUACAGUCAGGAGGACGCUCAGAGGUUCUGGGGGCAUUACGGGAACGGGCAACAGCGGCGGCACAGGGACGACUCCCUCGCCUCCCUGCCUGAUGACGAGUAUCCUGAGCCAGUGUGGAUGAAGCUGGGCGAGGAGCCGCCGGAGGAAGACGAGGCUGCUGCAGAGGGCGAGCAGAGUGCUGAUCAUCCUUCAUAUAAAGACGUGCCCGGUCCGUGUGACCCCGAGGACUUGUUGGAUGGAGUUGUAUUUGGUGCCAAGUAUCUGGGAUCCACUCAGCUCAAAUCAGAGAAGAACCCGUCUACAAGCGCCCGUAUGGCGCAGGCUCAGGAGGCUGUGGACCGCAUUAAGGCUCCGGAGGGAGAGUCGCAGCCGAUGACGGAGGUGGAUCUGUUCAUCUCCACUCAGCGAAUCAAAGUGCUCACUGCUGACACACAGGAAGCGAUGAUGGAUCACGCUCUGCAGAUGAUCUCUUACAUUGCCGACAUCGGCAACAUCGUGGUCCUGAUGGCACGGAGGAAACGUAAAGGGCAGGACAGUGACCAGCCCUCUUCCUCCUCAUCCUCCUCUGGGCCUCAGAAGAAGUGCUUGAUGAUCUGCCACGUCUUCUCCUCUGACGACGCUCAGGUCAUAGCCCAAGCUAUCGGCCAGGCGUUUGGCGUGGCCUACCAGCAGUUUCUUCAGGCCAACGGCAUCAAAGCCAGCGACCUGAGGCCGGGCGAGUACAGCGACUACCUGGAAAGUCAGGAGCUCUACAACGGAGACCUGGCCCACUUCUCUGACUCUCAGAACAUCCGAGACGUAGUCAUCACUAAGGCCCCCGGAGAGAUCUUGGGUCUGGCGGUGGUGGAGUCGGGCUGGGGCUCCAUCCUGCCCACAGUGGUGGUAGCCAACCUCCUUCACGGAGGUCCGGCUGAGCGCAGCGGCGAGCUCAGCAUCGGUGACCGCAUCAUGUCCGUCAACAGCACCAGCAUGGUGGGUCUGCCCAUCAGCACCUGCCAGAACAUUAUCCGGGACUUAAAAAGCCAAAAGUAUGUGAAGCUCAGCAUCGUCCACUGCCCGCCAGUCACCAUGGCGAUCAUCAGGAGGCCAGAUCCCAAGUUUCAGCUCGGCUUCAGUGUGGAGGACGGCAUCAUCUGCAGUCUAAUGCGCGGCGGUAUAGCAGAGAGAGGAGGCAUUCGCGUCGGGCACCGCAUCAUUGAAAUCAACGGGCAGAGUGUCGUCGCCACAUCGCACGAUAAAAUCAUCCAGAUCCUGACGAAUGCUGUCGGAGAGAUUCACUUAAAGACCAUGCCAGCCUCAACCUAUCGACUCUUAACAGGACAGGAGCAACCAGUGUUUCUUUGAGCACUUCCUGCUACAUAAAGGACAAAAAUACUGCUCAGUGUUCAAGCUACAUGAACUUUUGCCAAACUCAGAAAAUAUUAUGCAAUUGAUCACACAGCGUAUCACAAGCUGUUGUCACAGCACUGAACACAACAAACUAGUCUAGCUAUAUAUUUUUAAGAUGUUAAGCACAUUGGAAUAUUGUGAAAGCAUAUUUUAAAGUGACAGGGAUAGAGGGUAACUCUUUAUAUUUAUCUGAUAUUUAACAAUGCAAGCAUUAGGCGGGAUGCAAUAAUUCAUAAACUGAAUAUUUUUUUGGGACUUUUGAAAGGUGUAGAGUAAACUGUAGAGUUCGUGGUCUUCCAGCUCGGUGUGUUGCCAGAGUGCCUGAGCUGAACGUGCUCGCAGGGGAAACCUUAUUGAACCAGUACACAGAGUCUGUGUAUUUCAUUGUGAUGUACUUCCAGUCCCUCACGUACACACGUGCAUAUCAACAAGUGUCUGUCACACGCUUCGCAGAAGGCUCCGGUUCAUUCAUACAGUGCUUCCCUGACUGUGCCUGACAGAAAAGAAAUCAUGCACAAUUAAAGGUAAAUGCCUUAUUGAUAGAGAGAUGCAUAUAUUUUUAAGAACUUUGCUGUUUGUUUUGGAUGUUCAUUAAAAUGAUCUGUAAGAUA